UCCUGCGCAGUGUGCGAGUAUUCGGUACACGCUGCUGGAAACAUGGCGGAGGAGGAGCAGAGCAACGAGGCAGAAAUAAAAUCUGAAACCGACGAAACAGAAGAAAAUCCCACAGAGAAGAUCCGCAGCUUUAAAGAGCUGGGUGUAACAGAGGUGCUGUGUGAAGCCUGUGAACAGCUGGGAUGGAAGCAGCCUACCAAGAUUCAGAUAGAGGCGAUUCCAGUGGCUCUAGAAGGUCGGGAUGUGAUUGGGUUGGCUGAAACAGGCUCAGGUAAGACAGGUGCUUUUGCCCUGCCCAUCCUGCAGACCCUGCUGUCCCACCCACAGCGCCUGCACACGCUCGUCCUCACCCCCACUCGCGAGCUCGCCUUCCAGAUCGCAGAGCAGUUUGAGGCCUUGGGUUCCAGCAUUGGUGUUAAAACAGCUGUGGUUGUUGGUGGGAUUGAUAUGAUGUCACAGGCGAUGGUUCUUGCAAAGAAGCCCCACAUAGUAAUUGCAACUCCGGGUAGGCUGAUAGAUCACCUGGAGAACACCAAGGGUUUUAAUCUGAGAGCUCUGCGCUUUUUGGUGAUGGAUGAAGCUGACAGAAUUCUGAACAUGGACUUUGAAUCAGAGGUUGAUAAGAUCUUAAAGGUUAUUCCCAGAGAAAGACACACGUUCCUCUUCUCUGCUACAAUGACAAAAAAGGUUCAAAAGUUGCAGAGAGCCGCUUUGAAGGAUCCCGUUAAAUGUGCUGUUUCCACCAAAUACGCGACAGUGGAUAAACUGCAGCAGUACUACAUCUUCAUCCCGGCCAAGUACAAGGAUUGUUACCUAGUGUCUAUACUUAAUGAACUGGCAGGUAACUCGUUUAUGAUUUUCUGUGGAACGUGUAAUAAUGCCCAGCGAGUGGCACUGUUACUACGGAACCUCGGCAUCACCGCCAUCCCACUGCAUGGUCAAAUGAGCCAGAAUAAGCGACUAGGAUCUUUAAAUAAGUUCAAGGCGAAGUCGCGCUCCGUCCUGCUGGCGACCGACGUGGCGUCCCGUGGGCUGGACAUUCCUCACGUGGACUGUGUGAUCAACUUCGACAUUCCUACACACUCCAAGGACUACAUUCACCGGGUCGGCAGAACAGCUCGCGCCGGACGCUCGGGAAAGUCCAUUACCUUCGUAACACAGUACGACGUGGAGCUUUUCCAGAGGAUCGAGGCUUUAAUAGGAAAGAAACUUCCGGCCUUCCCAACACAGGAAGAGGAAGUGAUGAUGCUGGUGGAGCGAGUGAGCGAGGCACAGCGAUUCGCCCGAAUGGAGAUGAAAGAGCAAGGGGAGAAUAGGAAAAGGCCGAGAGGUGGAGAGGAAGAAGGGGAUGAUGCUGAACAGUCCAGCGGCGUGAGGAAGAAAGUGAAAGGAGGAAAAUUUGCUGGAGGGAAAUUUGCCAGAGGAAGAGGCAAGGGGUCCAGGAGAGGGCGCUAGAGUCCAACUUUCAUAUAUCAGAAUGUACAUAAAUUUUUCUCGUAUUAAAUAAAAUGCUCACUCUGACCUCA